UGUAAAAUGUCUUGUACGGCAGAAGAAAUUGCCGAAAAACGCAGGAUUGCGAUCGAACGAUUGAACGCACGGAAAAACAAAAAUGUAAACCAAACGAAUCAUAACAAGGGACCAACAUCUGCUGCAGAUCGCUCGGUAACCGGCGAACCUCAACCAGUAACAUCUAAUAAGAAUCCGCUUACUAUAAGUUCGUUCUAUGGUAACAAUGCAUCCAAUGCCGGUAAAGCAACUUCCUCGAAUAAGGCAUUCCCUGGCAAAAUCCCACCAUACGCCAGGCCGGUUCAGAAAAGUACCCCGGCAAAGCUAGCACCGGUGUUUGUUCGAGCAGUUACCUGCUCUUGUUCACUGAUUUCUGAAACUCGAUUCGUUGUUGAAACGGACGGCUUCAAUGAGCAAAUGAUAGAAGAGUUUAAGAAAAUUCCAUCCAAAAAUUAUGCUCCAGAAUCCAAGAAAUGGACCUUUGAGCUAAAAGAUUACAACCUGCUACAGGAACGAAUUUUGACCCUCAAUCCACACGUUGUUCUUGCAUCGAUUCCUGUAUUCGUGUUGCGAGAGUUCGCGAGCGGUCCACAGCCAAAGCCAAGCCGUGUUUGCCUGAACGCCAUCGAACCAUCCCUCACCAGUAGCCUAUUGGAGUUCCAGAAGGAAGGUGUCGCCUUUGCAAUCGAAAAAGGAGGCCGAGUUUUGAUAGCCGACGAAAUGGGGCUCGGUAAAACGUACCAGGCCAUUGCGGUGGCCGAUUUCUACCAGCAAGAUUGGCCGCUUCUAAUCUGUUCCACUGCAUCGACGCGCGAUGUUUGGGCAUCGAAAAUGCGCCAACUACUGCCCCACCUUCCCGUGCAUCACAUAGCGAUAUUGAACAGUGGUCAAGAUUUCGUUGGCGAUUGCCGCGUUCUAAUUUCGAGCUAUUCACAAAUGGAACGUUGUGCUGAAAAGUUAACAGAACGGGGUUUUGGAAUGCUUAUCUUCGACGAGUCGCACACGCUGAAAAAUUUUAAAGCCAAAUGCACGACCGUUGCCCUUGAGUUGGCCAAGCGAGCUCGACGGGUAGUGCUACUAUCCGGGACACCCGCUCUUUCUCGUCCGGUUGAACUGUUCACUCAACUGCAGAUGCUUGAUGGUCGGUUCUGCAACUUCAAAGAGUACAGCACACGCUACUGCGCCGGAAAGCAGACCAACUUCGGAUGGAACGCAAUGGGACAGUCUAAUUUGGCCGAGUUGAAUCUCCUGUUGGCCCGUAAAUUCAUGAUCCGUCGAACGAAGGAGGACGUUUUGUCCGAACUGUCGGAGAAGAAUCGAGAAGCAGUCGUCCUUGAUCCCUCGUAUCUGUGGACGAGUAAGGGACUGGAGGAAGAUAUGAAUUGCUUCGCUAACGACUAUAGUCAAAGCAAAGGGAAGCAGCGGGAUGAAAUUUUGAUAAAAUUCUACAGCACAACAGCGGAAGCGAAAGCUCCCGCCGUUUGUGCAUAUUUAAAACAGGUGUUGAAAGAGAAGAAAAAGUUUAUCGUAUUUGCACACCACCAUUGCAUGCUGGAUGCCAUCGGGAAAAGUUUUUCUAAGCAGAAGGUCGAUUACAUACGCAUCGAUGGAACAACGAGAUCGGACUUAAGAGCUUCUCUCAUAGAAAGAUUUCAAACAAAAGACUCCUGUCGCGCCGCUGUCCUGUCCUUGAAGGCUUGCAAUGCUGGUAUCACCCUUACGGCGGCUCAGCUCGUUUUGUUCGCGGAACUUGAUUGGAAUCCGAGUACUCUUGCCCAAGCUGAAAGCCGGGCACAUCGUAUCGGUCAGAUGGAUACCGUAACGGUGCGCUAUCUGCUGGCAAAGAAAACCGCCGAUGACAUCAUUUGGGGAAUGCUGCAGAAAAAGCAGAAAACACUCACCAAGGCAGGUUUAUGCAACGAGGAUUUUUCCGAUGCAUCCCAUGCGCAAGCACCUAGUGAUGCUGGUAAUAUCGAACCAUUCCUGGAAAAGACAAUUGCCUCACCCGGGGGUUCGAAACCCGGAACACUGGACAGUUUCGUACAACGAUCCAAGCCAUCUACGAUACAGCAAACUACAAACGUAGAGGAACGGUUGAUAGAGCCUGAUGGACAAACAAAGGAGUCGAAUUUGUCCGGUUUUCUUGACCACGACGAAGACGACGAUGAACUAGCUGGUCUACAAUUGUGAAUUAAAGAAACAGCCAAAUUACCAACGAUAUAACGAAUUUAUUUAUAGA